AUGGAGGGGGAUCAGCAUGGGAUUAUAUUAUCAUGUGCAAUUUCUGGGUCCCUUUUUGCUGUUCUAGGUUUGGCUUCAUUUUCGAUUCUCUGGGCAGUGAAUUGGAGGCCUUGGAGGAUUUACAGUUGGAUCUUUGCCAGGAAGUGGCCAUAUAUUCUCCAAGGACCUCAGCUGGGUGUACUAUGUCAGUUUCUGUCUCUAUCAGCGUGGAUAAUAGUAAUAUCACCCAUUCUGGUGCUUAUCAUGUGGGGAUGCUGGUUAAUUGUUAUAUUGGGUCGGGAUAUCGUUGGUCUGGCUGUAAUAAUGGCUGGGACUGCUCUUUUACUGGCAUUCUAUUCAAUCAUGCUUUGGUGGAGAACGCAAUGGCAAAGUUCAAGGGCGGUCGCUAUUCUUCUUCUUCUAGCUGUUUUCUUGCUCUGUGCAUAUGAACUAUGCGCUGUCUAUGUUACGGCUGGUAAAAAUGCAUCCAGGCACUACUCUCCUUCUGGCUUCUUUUUUGGCGUAACAGCAAUUGCCUUGGCAAUCAACAUGCUGUUUAUUUGCAGAAUGGUAUUUAAUGGGAAUGGCUUAGAUGUGGAUGAAUAUGUACGGAGAGCAUACAAGUUUGCUUAUAGUGAUUGUAUAGAGAUGGGUCCUAUGCCUAGUGUCCCAGAACCACCUGAUCCCAGUGAACUGUAUCCACGCCAAUCAAGAAAGGCUUCUCAUCUUGGGCUUCUCUACCUUGGAUCACUUCUCGUUCUCUUUGUCUAUUCUUUGCUGUAUGGUUUGACGGCAAAGGAAUCUCGGUGGCUUGGAGCUAUUACAUCGGCUGCUGUUAUAAUUCUUGAUUGGAAUAUGGGAGCAUGCUUGUAUGGGUUUCAACUUCUUCAAAGUCGCGUUGCUGCUCUUUUUGUUGCUGGCAUGUCUCGAGUUUUCCUCAUUUGCUUCGGAGUGCAUUACUGGUAUUUGGGGCAUUGCAUCAGCUAUGCUGUUGUAGCUACUGUGCUUUUAGGUGCUGCUGUUUCUCGCCAUCUCUCUGUCACAAACCCUUCAGCAGCUAGAAGAGAUGCUUUACAGAGUACAGUGAUUCGACUGAGGGAGGGCUUUCGCAAAAAGGAGCAGAAUACUUCAUCUAGCUCCUCUGAUGGCUGUGGCUCAAGUGUAAAGCGCAGUAGUAGUGUUGAAGCUGGCCAACUUGGGAAUGUUGUUGAAUCUGGUAGUCAAUGUGCAGCACAGUGCAUUUCUGAUACUAAUAACUGGCCUAAUGCUGUAUUAUGUCGAACUGCCAGUUGUCAUGAGGGGAUUAAUAGUGAUAAAAGCAUGGAAAGUGGGAGACCAAGUUUAGCAUUUCGCAGCAGUUCAUGUCGUUCAGCUAUCCAAGAACCCGAAGUUGGGACAUCUUGUAGCAAGAGUUGUGAACCUAAUAACUCUCAUGUGGUUUGCUCGAGUAGUCGUCUUGAUGGCCAACGCUGCGAGUCUAGUUUGUCAGCAAAUCAACAACUCUUAGAUCUAAACCUCGCAAUUUCAUUUCAAGAUAGACUGAAUGACCCUAGGAUUACCGCUUUGCUGAAAAAGAGGGCAAUGCAAGGAGAUAAAGAACUCAGCUGUUUACUGCAGAAUAAAGGACUAGAUCCUAAUUUUGCAGUAAUGUUGAAAGAGAAGAACUUGGAUCCUACCAUCCUUGCUUUACUACAGAGGAGUAGUUUGGAUGCUGACAGAGAUCAUCAGGGUAAUACUGAUGCGACUGUUGUCGACUCUAACAGUGUGGACAACAAUAUUCCUCACCAAAUUUCAUUAUCAGAAGAACUGAGGCUUCAAGGGCUUGAAAAGUGGCUUCAGUUGUCUAGAUUUAUUCUGCAUCAUGUGGCUGGUACACCAGAGCGCGCAUGGGUUCUUUUCAGUUUGAUCUUCAUUAUUGAAACAGUUGUUGUGGCAAUUUUUCGACCUAUGCCGAUUAAGAUUAUAAAUGCUAGACACCAACAGUUUGCAUUUGGCAUUGCAGUGGUGUUGUUAUCGCCCGUGGUUUGCUCAAUCUUGGCUUUCCUCCAAUCACUUAAGGCCGAGGAAAUGGUGAUGGCAUCCAAACCUCGCAAGUAUGGUUGUAUAGCAUGGUUGCUCAGUACUGGUGUUGGAUUAUUGCUAUCAUUCUUGAGCAAAUCAUCAGUACUCCUGGGACUGUCUUUGACAGUCCCGCUCAUGGUGGCUUGCCUUUCUGUCACUAUUCCUAUCUGGAUUCGUAAUGGUUAUCAAUUUUGGGUUCCACUAGAGGAGUCAGAUGGUCAUGCUGAAGGACGCUGUUCUCAAAGGAUAAAAGAGCGUGUGGUUCUCGUAUUCUGCAUACUAUUGUUUACUGGAUCUGUCUUAGCUCUGGGAUCAAUAGUAUCUGCAAAACCUUUAGAGGAGCUACAGUACAAGGGGUGGACUAACAACCAGGCAAUUUCAGAUUCUCCAUAUGCAUCAAUGGUCUACAUUGGUUGGGCAAUGGCAUCUUUUAUCGCUUUAGUAGUCACUGGGGUGCUGCCCAUUGUUUCAUGGUUUGCUACCUACCGGUUUUCUCUUUCUUCUGCUGUAUCUACAGGCAUAUUCGCAGCUGUUCUGGUGGCAUUUUGUGGUGUAUCUUAUCUCGAGGUAGUGCAAUCCAGGGAUGACCAGGUUCCUACAAAAGCCGAUUUCCUUGCAGCCCUCCUACCGCUCAUGUGCGUUCCAGCAUUGCUCUCACUCUGCUCUGGAUUGCUUAAGUGGAAAGAUGACGAUUGGAGUCUUUCCCGGGGAGUUUAUUUAUUUGUCUGCAUUGGUCUUCUUCUCCUCCUUGGUGCAAUAUCUGUUGUUAUUGCAAUAGUUAAGCCAUGGAGUAUUGGUGUGGCAUUUCUUCUACUUCUGCUCCUGAUUGUACUAGCUAUUGGCGUUAUACAUCAUUGGGCUUCCAACAAUUUUUAUUUGACAAGGACACAGAUGUUCUUCGUUUGCUUUCUUUCCUUUCUUCUGGGCUUGGCUGCUUUUCUGGUUGGAUGGUUUGAAGGGAAACCUUUUGUUGGAGCUUCUGUAGGUUAUUUUUCAUUCCUUUUUCUCCUUGCUGGACGGGCAUUAACUGUUCUUCUUUCGCCACCAAUUGUCGUCUAUUCACCUAGAGUGUUGCCUGUAUACGUCUAUGAUGCUCAUGCUGACUGUGGAAAGAAUGUCAGUGCUGCAUUUCUUAUGCUCUAUGGCGUUGCUUUGGCUACUGAAGGAUGGGGCGUUGUUGCCAGUUUGAAAAUUUACCCUCCAUUUGCUGGUGCUGCUGUAUCUGCAAUUACCCUAGUUGUCGCUUUCGGGUUUGCCGUCUCUCGCCCCUGCCUGACCCUUGAGAUGAUGGAAGAUGCAGUUCAUUUUCUUAGCAAGGACACUGUUGUCCAGGCCAUAGCACGAUCUGCAACCAAGACAAGGAAUGCUUUAUCUGGAACUUAUUCAGCUCCUCAGAGAUCUGCUAGCUCAACAGCUCUAUUGGUUGGAGACCCUACUGCUACACGUGAUAAGGCAGGAAAUCUUGUGCUUCCCAGAGAUGAUGUCAUGAAAUUGAGAGACCGGUUGAAAAAUGAGGAGUUAGUUGUGGGCUCAUUUGUCCACAGAAUGAAGUACAAGACUUAUCGCCAUGAACCCACCACUGAUGUAGAUCACAGAAGGGAAAUGUGCGCACAUGCGAGAAUCUUAGCUUUAGAAGAGGCAAUUGAUACGGAGUGGGUAUAUAUGUGGAACAGGUUUGGUGGCUAUUUGCUUCUUCUGCUUGGUUUGACUGCUAAGGCUGAGCGUGUACAGGAUGAGGUACGUUUGAGGCUUUUUCUUGAUAGCAUAGGGUUCUCAGACCUAAGUGCAAAAAGAAUCAAGAAGUGGAUGCCAGAGGAUCGUCGGCAAUUUGAACUUAUUCAAGAGAGCUAUUUGAGAGAGAAGGAGAUGGAAGAGGAACUAUUAAUGCAGAGACGUGAAGAAGAGGGCAGAGGCAAAGAAAGAAGAAAGGCCCUUCUUGAGAAGGAAGAACGAAAAUGGAAGGAGAUUGAAGCUUCUCUUAUGUCUUCAAUUCCCAAUGCUGGUAACAGGGAGGCAACAGCAAUGGCAGCUGCAGUCCGUGCAGUUGGUGGUGAUUCUGUUCUCAGCGACUCAUUUGCCCGGGAGAGGGUCUCGAGUAUUGCUCGACGAAUACGCGCUGCUCAAUUAUCCCGCCGUGCUCUCCAGACGGGAAUUCCUGAUGCUGUAUGUGUUCUUGAUGAUGAACCAACUACAAGCGGUAGACAUUGUGGUGAACUAGACCCCAAUGUAUGUCAAAGUCGAAAGAUAUCGCUUUCCGUUGCGGUGAUGAUCCAACCAGAGUCUGGCCCAGUUUGUCUUUUAGGCACUGAGUUUCAGAAGAACAGUUGUUGGGAAAUUUUAGUUGCUGGUGCUGAACAAGGUAUCGAAGCUGGACAAGUAGGUCUUCGGUUGAUAACUAAAGGAGACCGGCAGACAACUGUCGCGAAGGAAUGGAGUAUCAGUGCAACUAGCAUUGCUGAUGGAAGGUGGCAUCUCGUCACAAUGACAAUCGAUACUGAUGCUGGUGAAGCCACGUGCUAUCUGGAUGGUGGAUUUGAUGGCAUGCAGACAGGGUUGCCAUUGUCUGUGACUAAUAAUAGCAUCUGGGAACAAGGGACCGAACUAUGGGUCGGUAUUCGACCACCAAUGGAUAUGGAUGCAUUCGGAAGGUCGGAUAGUGAAGGCCCAGAGUCCAAGAUGCAUAUAAUGGAUGUUUUUCUUUGGGGAAAGUGCCUAUCCGAUGAUGAGGUUGCCUCCCUUUACUCUGCCGUUGGGUCGUCAGAGUUUGGGAUGGUUGAUUUUCCUGAAGACAACUGGCAAUGGGCUGAUUCACCCCCUAGGGGUGAUGAGUGGGACAGUGAUCCUGCAGAUGUUGAUCUAUACGACCGAGAUGAUGUUGAUUGGGAUGGGCAAUACUCCAGCGGAAGGAAAAGAAGGUCAGGGCGGGAAGGAAUAGUGGUAGAUGUCGACUCUUUCACAAGGAGGUUCCGGAAACCUAGAAUCGAAAUGCAAGAAGAAAUUAACCAGAGAAUGCUUUCGGUUGAAUUAGCUGUAAAAGAAGCUCUCUUUGCUAAGGGGGAAUCACAUUUUACUGAUCAGGAGUUCCCUCCCAAUAAUCAGUCAUUAUAUGUGGACCCAGAUAAUCCCCCCUCGAAACUGCAGGUGGUCUCGAAGUGGAUGAGACCUGCUGAAAUGGUGAAGGAAAGUCGGUUGGAUUCAACCCCGUGCUUAUUUUCUGGGCCGGCAAACCCCUCUGAUGUCUGUCAGGGCCGUUUGGGUGAUUGCUGGUUUUUAAGUGCUGUUGCUGUUUUGACCGAGGUUUCGAGAAUAUCUGAAGUCAUUAUUACAUCAGAAUAUAAUGAGGAAGGAAUCUACACUGUUCGCUUCUGUAUCCAGGGUGAGUGGGUCCCUGUUGUUGUUGACGAUUGGAUUCCGUGUGAAUCACCUGGUAAACCUGCUUUUGCCACAAGUAGGAAGGGCAACGAGUUGUGGGUCUCUCUACUAGAGAAAGCCUAUGCUAAGUUGCAUGGCUCGUAUGAGGCCUUGGAAGGCGGGCUGGUUCAAGAUGCUCUUGUGGACCUUACUGGAGGUGCUGGUGAAGAGAUUGACAUGCGGAGUGCUCAGGCCCAAAUUGAUCUCGCGAGUGGUCGACUAUGGUCUCAAUUGCUAAGGUUUAAACAGGAGGGCUUUCUACUUGGGGCUGGGAGUCCGUCAGGUUCUGAUGUCCACAUUUCUUCCAGUGGUAUUGUCCAAGGCCAUGCUUACUCUCUACUCCAGGUGAGAGAGGUUGAUGGCCAUAAGCUUGUUCAAAUUCGGAAUCCUUGGGCUAGCGAAGUUGAGUGGAAUGGUCCUUGGUCUGACACCUCACCGGAGUGGACCGAUAGGAUGAAGCAUAAGCUGAAACAUGUUCAACAGUCCAAAGAUGGUAUAUUCUGGAUGUCAUGGCAAGACUUCCAGAUUCACUUCCGAUCGAUAUACGUUUGUCGUGUCUAUCCUCCAGAGAUGCGGUAUUCCGUGCAUGGCCAAUGGCAUGGCUACAGCGCUGGUGGCUGCCAGGAUUAUGCUUCUUGGAAUCAAAAUCCACAGUUCAGACUUAGAGCCACUGGACCAGAUUCAUCCCUUCCAAUUCAUGUGUUCAUUACCUUAACUCAGGGCGUGGGAUUCUCCAGACGGGCCGCUGGUUUCAGCAACUACCAAUCGAGCCAUGACUCUAUGAUGUUCUACAUCGGGAUGAGGAUACUGAAAACUCGUGGUCGACGUGCUUCUUACAACAUCUACUUGCAUGAAUCAGUUGGUGGCACGGACUACGUUAAUUCGCGUGAGAUAUCAUGUGAGAUGGUUCUGGAUCCUGAUCCGAAAGGCUACACAAUUGUCCCCACAACCAUACACCCUGGGGAAGAAGCACCAUUUGUUCUCUCUGUUUUCACCAAGGCGUCAGUUGCCUUGGAGGCUUUAUAA